AUGUCCAUCAACCAUCGACAAAAGUAUUUGGAUGAUAAACCUAUGAAAUCAAGCUUCCAGAGAACUUUGAAGGAGCUAUGCAAUGGCAGAAUCUAUCAUAUUACCACACCCAUUUUUUAUCCGAACGCCCGACCUCAUUUGGGCCACUUAUACUCGAGUUUGUUGUGCGAUGUGAGUAAAAGAUGGCAUGCCAUGCUGGAACAGCGAACACUCCUCACAACGGGAACUGAUGAGCACGGCCUCAAAAUUCAAACCGCGAGCGAAAGAAACGGAUUUCAGAGCCCCAAACCGUUUGUGGAUAAAUUGUGCGAGGAUUUUAUCAAAUUGGAUCAUCAAGCGAAUGUUGACUUCACACGUUUUAUUCGGACAACAGACUCAGACCACGUACAGUGCGUUCAAAAGCUGUGGAACAGGUGUUGGGAGCGUGGAUUUAUCUACAAGGGUAAGCACGAUGGUUGGUAUUCGGUCUCUGAUGAGUGUUUUUAUCCAGAUUCGAAAAUUGUGCAGAUUGGUGAAAAUGGACAAGAAAUCGCACUUUCACACAGUGACAUUGAUAACAGCAGACCUUUCAUAAAUACUGAAACACGAAAUGAGGUCGUUUAUCACUCAGAAACGAAUUAUUUCUUUAAAUUAUCAGCCUUUCAGGACAAGUUGUUGUCCUUUCUCGAAAAGGAAAACCCUGAGUUCAUCUAUCCGGCCUCUAGGCGUCAACAUAUCCUUAAUGAGUUGCGUGAGUCCCGACUUCGAGACCUGUCAGUAUCGAGACCGUCUUCAAGGAUUAGAUGGGGUAUCGACGUCCCACAGGAUCCAUCUCAAAAAAUCUACGUCUGGUUUGAUGCUUUGUGCAACUACCUGACCUCUGUAGGAGGGAUUGAUGCCGUGGCAGAGAAGAAAAAAGUUAUGUUGCAACACAAGGGUAUACAAACUGCACAAGACGCUCACCAGUGGUGGAUAAAUACCACUCACCUCAUCGGGAAGGAUAUUGCCAAGUUCCAUACCAUUUAUUGGCCAGCCUUUCUACUGGCAGCCGAUCUGCCGUUGCCGAAACAAGUAAUAGUCCAUGGACACUGGCUUUCCGGCGGUACCAAGAUGAGCAAAUCGGUAGGCAAUGUCGUCGAUCCUCUGGAAAUGAUAUCACAUUACGGGUGUGAUCCCAUGAGAUGGUACAUACUUGAAAAUUCACACAUAGAAGCUGACGGUGAUUUUCGCGAGGAGCGACUACACUCCACAAGGGAACAAUUAGUUUCAAAAUGGGGCAACCUGCUCAAUAGAUGCUGUGGUUCAAAAUUCAACCUCUCGCGAGCCGUCCAGACUUUUUGUUCUGCUGGUGAAAAUCGCCGGGAGCUACUGAGGUCCAUAGAAGAUACCGCAUUCCUCUCGUCAUACACAAGCUUGGAAAAGAAGCUAGAAGACCUUCCGUCAUCAUAUCAAGAACACAUCGAGAAGCUUGAUACUAGAUCUGCCCUGAACUUACUGCGGGAUACCAUCAAUGAAGCAAAUGCUUUUGUCCAAACCAGCACGCCUUGGCUCAAGUCAGGUAUUGAGCAGGACGCCAUACUUUUCAUAGCUGUGGAAGUUGUGCGAAUUACCGCAAUCUUAUCACAGCCUGUCAUACCGACUCUGUCCAGGCAAUUACUCGAUCGUUUAGAUGUUUCUGAAAGUAAAAGAUCUUUGAGAGACGUACCAUUAGGUGCAGACGCCGCGUAUGCUUCCCGGGCCAAUGAAAGGGGGCGACCAGUUCCCAUCAAGAGAAUUCCAGCCAGAGUACAUAAUUAA